CGCUGCUACUGGGAGCAAACCCCUCCUCCCAGUCCAACUGUUGGGCGGGGAAGCCUUUCCAGGAAACGAAAGUGAACUCUGGGGAGCCAUCUUAACGCCCCAGGUGCGGGCCUUGCCGGCACUAUGUCUCAGGGGUUCAGGGGACCCGCAGGAGUGUUUCCUCACCAGACACAGCCCUGCUUGGACCCCAGCUAUGAGCAUAGCAAGUGGAGAUGUCCACAGCCACACAGGCCCGAAUUUCACCCUAGGAGCUUCCAGCUCCAGCAGAUAGACUUUCUCAAAGGGCGGCUCCCAGAAGCAUCCCUGAUUGGUCAGCAGAGCCAGUCACUGCCGCCAUAUCUCCCAGGACAUUGGCCAAGGUUGCCAGGACCACCUGCCCAAGGCAAGCAACUGGAAAUCUGGGGUUUCCCCAGGAGUGUGACCCUCAGAAGCCAGGGGUUCCAUAUAGGAUCCCCAGUUCCUUCCCCACACAGUGGGCGUCUGCCAUGGAGAAGUGCUGACAGGCUUUGUUCACACUUCCUGGAGCUGAGCAUUAGUCAGAAUCCAGAGCAGAAAGUACUAAGCCGCCUGGAGGAGCUUGGUGAGGGGAAGGCCACCACUGCCCAGGUAUUAGCCAGAGAGCUCAGGGUCCCAAAGAAGGACAUCAAUCGAAUAUUGUAUUCUCUGGAAAGAAAGGGGAAGCUGCAUAGAGGAGUGGGGAAACCUCCUUUGUGGAGCCUUGUGCCCUUGCAUCAGACUUGGACUCAGCCCUCUAGAGCUGAGAAUUCAGACACUUGUAGCCAAGAAGUUCCUCGAGGAGAAGAACCUGGUCUGGACAGUGAGUACAGAGACCCUGCCUCUGACUUAGAAGGGCCUUCUGAGCCUUUUGACAUGGCUGAGAUCAAGGAGAAAAUCUGCGACUACCUGUUCAAUGUGUCAAACUCCUCUGCCCUGAACCUGGCUAAGAACAUUGGCCUCGCCAAGGCCCGAGAUGUGCAUGCAGUCCUGAUUGACUUGGAAAGGCAAGGUGAUGUCUACAGGCAAGGGGCCACGCCUCCCAUCUGGUACUUAACAGACAAGAAGCGUGAGAGGCUACAGAUCAAGAGGAACACACAGAGUGUCCCAGCUGCUGUCCCAGAGGCCACUAGAAGCACCUCAUUCCCCAUGUGCCACUCACCCCCGUCAGGUGCCUCAAGUGGCAUGGCAACCCUCAGAAGAGUGGAGAAUGGGCAGGAGCCUGUAGUAAAGUAUGAAAGUAGGCAUGAGGCUAGACCAGGACCAGUGAGCCUGAGGCCACACGCUUAUCACAAUGGCCCCUGUAGAACAGGGUAUGUUGACUCUGAGAAUGGCCAGUGGGCUACAGAUGACAUCCCAGAUAACUUGAAUAGUAUCCGUACAGCACCAGGUGAGCUUCGAGCCAUCAUGGAGAUGCCCUCUUUCUACAGCCCUGCCUUGCCACGGUGUUCACCCUACAAGAAGCUAACUGAGUGCCAGCUGAAGAACCCUGUCAGCGGGCUGUUAGAGUAUGCUCAGUUCACUAGUCAGACCUGUGAUUUCAACCUGAUAGAGCAGAGUGGACCGUCCCAUGAACCUCGAUUUAAAUUCCAGGUUGUCAUCAAUGGUCGAGAGUUUCCCGCAGCUGAAGCUGGCAGCAAGAAAGUGGCCAAGCAGGAUGCAGCAAUGAAAGCCAUGGCAAUUCUGCUUCGGGAAGCCAAGGCCAAAGACAGUGGACAACCAGAAGAAUUGUCGGAGUAUCCCGUGGAAGAAGACUCAGAGAAGUCAGCAGAGUCCCAGCCCCCCAGCUCCUCAGCAACGUCCUUAUUCUCUGGGAAGAGCCCAGUUACCACACUGCUUGAGUGUAUGCACAAACUGGGGAACUCCUGUGAAUUUCGUCUCCUGUCCAAAGAAGGCCCUGCCCAUGACCCCAAGUUCCAGUACUGUGUGGCAGUAGGAGCGCAGACUUUCCCCACAGUGAGUGCCCCCAGCAAGAAAGUGGCCAAGCAGAUGGCUGCAGAGGAAGCCAUGAAGGCUCUGCAGGAGGAGGCAGCCAGCUCAGCAGAUGACCAGUCUGGAGGUGCAAACACCGUCUCAGCCGAUGACUCUGUGGUUCCCAGCAAGAUCAGGAGGAUUGGUGAGCUCGUCAGGUACCUGAACACCAACCCUGUAGGCGGCUUAUUAGAGUACGCCCGCUCCCAUGGCUUUGCUGCAGAAUUCAAGCUGAUUGACCAGUCUGGACCUCCUCACGAACCCAAGUUUGUUUACCAAGCAAAAGUUGGAGGCCGCUGGUUUCCAGCCGUGUGUGCACACAGCAAGAAACAAGGCAAGCAAGAUGCAGCGGACGCAGCCCUCCGUGUCUUGAUCGGGGAGAGUGAGAAGGCAGAGCAGUUGGGUUUUGCAGAGGUAACCCCAGUAACAGGGGCCAGUCUCAGAAGAACUAUGCUCCUCCUUUCCAGGUCCCCAGAUGCGCAUCCAAAGACACUUCCUCUCACCGGCAGCACCUUCCAUGACCAGAUGGCUAUGCUGAGCCAUAGGUGCUUUAAUGCCCUUACUAACAGUUUCCAACCCUCACUGCUCGGCCGCAAGAUCCUGGCUGCCAUUAUUAUGAAGAGAGAUGCUGAGGACAUGGGUGUGGUCGUCAGUUUGGGGACAGGGAAUCGCUGUGUGAAAGGGGACUCUCUCAGCCUGAAGGGAGAGACAGUCAAUGACUGCCAUGCAGAAAUCAUCUCCCGGAGAGGCUUCAUCAGGUUUCUCUACAGUGAGCUGAUGAAGUACAACCAGCACACUGCCAAGAACAGCAUAUUUGAGCUUGCCAGGGGAGGAGAAAAGCUCCAGAUCAAAAAGACGAUUUCUUUUCACCUCUAUAUCAGCACGGCCCCGUGUGGAGAUGGAGCCCUCUUUGACAAAUCCUGCAGUGACCGCGCUGUGGAGAGCACAGAUUGGCGCCACUACCCUGUCUUUGAGAAUCCCAAGCAAGGCAAGCUUCGCACCAAGGUGGAGAACGGGGAAGGCACAAUUCCUGUGGAGUCGAGUGACAUUGUACCCACGUGGGAUGGCAUCCGGCUUGGGGAAAGACUCCGUACCAUGUCCUGUAGUGACAAAAUUCUACGCUGGAAUGUGCUGGGCCUGCAAGGGGCACUGUUGACUCACUUCCUACAGCCGGUGUACCUGAAAUCUGUAACGUUAGGUUACCUUUUCAGCCAAGGGCAUCUGACUCGUGCUAUUUGCUGCCGAGUGACCAGAGAUGGGAAGGCAUUCGAGGAUGGACUACGCUAUCCCUUUAUUGUCAAUCACCCCAAGGUUGGCCGAGUCAGUGUGUAUGAUUCCAAAAGGCAAUCCGGAAAGACCAAGGAGACAAGUGUCAACUGGUGCUUGGCUGAUGGCUACAACCUCGAGAUCCUGGAUGGCACCAGAGGCACUGUGGAUGGGCCGGGGAAGGAGUUGUCUCGGGUGUCCAAGAAGAACAUUUUCCUUCAGUUUAAGAAGCUCUGCUCCUUCCGUGCCCGAAAAGAUUUACUUCAGCUCUCCUACGGUGAGGCCAAGAAAGCUGCUCGAGACUAUGAGUUAGCCAAGAACUACUUCAAGAAGAGCCUGAGGGACAUGGGCUAUGGGAACUGGAUCAGCAAGCCCCAGGAGGAGAAGAACUUCUAUCUUUGUCCAGUACCCAAUGACUGACAGUGGAGUGUGUUUCCCAUGGGCUCAGAGAGAGGGCAUGCAUUCCUCAUCAUGUUGGGCCGGAGUUUAGGGGCUUUUUUUUUAACCCACCCAACCCCCUUUUUUUAACGGAGGAACCUUAAUAGAUGGUACCAAGAACUUUGGUUCCCAUUUAUCCUGCUUGCUUUGGAAUUUGGAGGUGGGGUCUGGCCAAGCCCCCUCCUCUUUUCCCAAGGGAAGAGUCAGAGGUUAAAGGAAGAGGAAACACUACCAUUCCACAUGUAGCAUAGACGUGGUCACGUGGAGCCCAGGCCCCUCCGGUUUAAGUUUUUUGGAGGAUUCUUUUCAUCUCCUUUUCCUUUGCUAUCCAGGCUUCUUGUGGAUUUCAUUACAUUCCCAUCAGUUCUCUGUAAAUCAUGUCAGGGACUAAUGAUGUCACCUGUAGAUGUUCGGGCCCCUGCUCUGCCCCCUGCCUUCCCGUGAGGAGACUUAUCUUUACCCACCCCAGAGGGUAGAGGUGAACAUAAAGGAUUGAUGAAAUGUUUACAAGGACAGGAGUUGAAACUGGUCAGGGAUUAUAGGGCAACGGGAAUGUGGUAAAUUGCGGGUGGGUAACAGUAACAGGCAGCGCUGGCCAGCCAAGAAACUUUCCUUCCUGGGAAGUUGAGAACCAGCCAGUGGGACUGGGGAGGGUGUCCAAGCCGAGCUGGUCCCCCAGUGGGGACUAUAGAGCACAAACAGGGAUCACCAACACUCCUUGGCAUGUAGCCACACUCCACAUCUGCCCCUCUGUAAAGCAUUCCCAGAGGCUGCUCUGUCAACACGGCACAGGCCCCAGCUGUUCGUGAAAAGGCAAGGACAAGUCCUGGAGGGCAGAUCAUCGUAGUCCAGACUGAGCAAGAGUGAAGGCAAGUGUGUUGGUGACACUUUGAUCACUUGGGAUUCUGCUGGCACUGAUGCCAGCAGAAGUUGACAAAGCUUUGUAUAAAAUUAAUGUUUCUAAGAAGCCAGAACUGCAUCACAGACUUGAAAUGCAAAUCUAUUUUUUCAUGAAUGAAUGUACUUUGAUUUUAGCAGAUAGUUUCAGGAGCUGGUUCGUGGGCAGGGCACAAGGCACUGGGAUCUCCUGCCCUGCCUCUUUGGAAAUCUUACUGUAUGUACAACAGUGUUGUCGGUGAUCGUGCAGGCUAGCCUCUGACAACUCUCCUCCCAACAUUGGCUUAUGGAUAUGCGGGAAACUUAGCCUCUGUGGAGUCUGGCUCCAGCAGGAAGUCAACCAGACAGCUAGACCCUGCUCCAUUCUGCCCCUCUGAAUGGUGCAGCUCCAUCGGGGAAUAGCUGUGACAGUGUGUUCAGUGGUUUCCUGCACUCGCCACCCCCUGGCCCACUGUCAACAGCAGACAUCACAUUUGCACUUUGAUUUCUAAAGGCUACUGUCUCCUCAACCUCUGAGCAGACCUGGCCAACGCAAGAACCUAUGUCUUAACAAUACACUGGGGAUAUCUUUGCACAACACCAAAUCAUCCAGUGGAACUGCCAAUGUCUGCGGAAGUGAGGGUCUGCCUCCAGAUUUUGAAAGUGGCACCAUGUUUCUGCCGGCUGGAGACAUGUUCUAACCUGGCACCUGCAGCUGAAGCAGAGCCACUGUGGCUUCCAGGCCUGGGCAGGAAGCACUUACCCUGGGCACUGAAGGCCAGAGUCUCUUCUCCGUUGAUUCCUGUGGCGCCUGGGUAUUCACUUGGCAGUGCUGACUCAGCAGCCAUUUCCUCAGCCAGGCACACUGGGUUCUCCAGAUCAGAGCACACACACCCCAUCCUGGAAGAUCCUGCCUAGCAAACUUGGUUCUGGGCUUCUGCAGAUGGAGGGGAGCAAGGCAUCCCUCUGUUCUGUGGGCUUGCUGAAGUAAGCCACCAGGAUACCCACCCCUGCCCCAGGCCCCAUUGGGCAGAGGGCAGAGCUUCCACGGUGUUUUCUUCACUUGUUUGUGUGAUCUUUAUUUUAAGAAGCUGGCCUCCUUCCAUACCAUUUCUUAAUUUCUGUAGUUAAUUGUCUGAACUGUGGCUGUUUUGCAUUCUUUGAAUAAUCAACGUGUAAGAAUUGUCAGUGCUUAAAACUUUCCUGUACUCAAGUUGAAGGGAGUUGGUUGACCUUGUGGUUUUAGCAGCGACUCCAAGAUCAGAGUGGGAAAGAGCCCAGGCAGAGCCUUGGUGCUGAGAUGGGUGCAGGCCCUUCUGUGUCCCUUAACAAGUGACAGUAUACAUUCCCCAGAAAUAAAAACAAUGACAUGUCAGGACUAUUAGAAA